CUUUAUUCCGUCUCCAGACCCUGUGGGAUUUACCGCUGCUCCAGAUAUGAUCCUGAUUCUCAGUUUGGUGUUUGUGUUGGAUGUGUGUGUGUGUGACCCGGCGCUCGACACCCCCGGCUGGACGGAGCCUCUGGACUGUGUCCGGGCCUCGGAGCUGUGCAACCAGAACAGCCAGUGCAGCUCCCGGUACCGGAUCAUGCGCCAGUGCCUGUCAGGGGGGGGCCGCGAGCGCAGCGCCAUGCUGGCCUCCAGGGAGUGCCGGGGGGCGCUGGAGGUCCUGCAGGACUCCACGCUGUACGACUGUCGCUGCAAGAGAGGCAUGAAGAAGGAGCUGCAGUGCCUGCAGAACUACUGGAGCAUCCACAUGGGGCUGAGCGAGGGGGAAGAAUUUUACGAGACAUCUCCCUACGAGCCGAUCCAUUUUUCCGAGGAAUUCAGACAUGCCUCCAUCAUCUCAGACUCGUCUCUGUCGAGGGUGAGCCCCUGCUCGGAGGCGGGGAAACCCUGUAACCCGUGUCUGGAUGCAGCCAAGGCGUGUAACCUGAACGAGACGUGCAAACGCCUCAGAUCAGCAUACAACUCCAUCUGCAGCAAGGCCACGCCCCCUCAGCCCGCGCUGGCCAAUCAGGAGCCCUGCAGCCGCAAGAGGUGUCAGAAGGCUCUGCGUCAGUUCUUCGAGCGGGUCUCCUGGGAGCUCAGCUACCCCCUGCUGUUCUGCUCGUGUCCGGACCAGGCCUGUGCCGAGCGCCGCCGCAGGACCAUCGUCCCGUCCUGCUCCCACCAGGAGAGACACAAGCCCCCCUGCCUGGAGCUGAGGAAGACCUGCCGCUCAGACGCCCUGUGCAGGUCUCGUCUCGCUGACUUCCACAUGAACUGCCAGCCGACGCCUCACAGCGUCACCAGCUGCCCCAACGACCACUUCCACGGCUGCCUGAUGGCCUACGUCGGCCUCAUCGAGCCCAGUGCGAUGGCCAAUGGGAGCGAUGGAGGCCAAAAGUGCAUCCCCUCUGACGAGUUUGAGUGUGAAGAGGCGCUGCUGGCUCGGGAGUCCAUGGACUCUCAGGAUCCUGCAGGAGCAGAGAGCAGCAGCCGGACCGCACCUCCUCCUCUUCAUCGCCUCCUCCUCUUCCUCUCUGUGACUGUGUGUGUGUCCCUGCUUCUCAUCUCAUAAACUCACACAUGCAUACUGUACACACACACACACACACUCUUGCAAACACACACACACACACACACACACACACACACACAUCCUCUCGAAAAAAAAGCAAGACCCGGAGAAAAGUCACAAGAGUCGCGGAGAAAAUGUCAACUGACAGACAUCAACAACGAGGAGGAAGAUUAUCUCUACACACACACACACACACACACACACACACACACACACACACACACACACACACACUCACACACACACACACUCAGGAUGGAGGAGAAGAAGAAAGUGGACUUUGUGUGUGUGAGAGACUUUGGGCAUUUUGGAUCUCUGUCUCACCCCCUCUGGUUUAUUUGGAUCUGAGACAGCUGGACUGAAAACACAGGAACACACACACACACACACACACACACACACACACACACACACACACACACACACACUGACAACAACUCUGAAGAACUGGAGAAAGUUGGACAGAUGGGAUGGAUCUUCCUCGGUGUGUGUCAACUCGAUUUAUCACUGCCCUGGACAACAAAUCUAUUCUACACACACACACACACACACACACACACACACACACACACACACACACACACACACACACACACACACUCACACAUUGUUAAUGGGCAAACAGGGUCCCUACACGGACACACACUCAUGCUGUACACCUGUGUGAUUUUUGCGGGUCUAAUUUUGUGAUUCUGUAAAAACUUCAUUUAAUGUGAAAUAUGAAAAAAAAAUCAAUGGAAGACUGUGUGACUCAAUCUGUACGUGUAAAGUUGUGUGAGCGCAAGUGUGUGUGUCUUCCUAUAUGUGUGUGUGUGUGUGUGUUGAGAGAGAGAGAGCAUGAUCAGUGUGAAUGGCAGCAAAGAAAGGAGUUAAAACCAUCUGUGAAAUAUUCUCUGCCAGUUUUACUUUUGAUGCACCUUAGAAGAACCUUUCUAACUAAA